AUGUUCAAUCUCCUCAAUCGCCGAGUCGACGCAGAUGAGCUAGUCUGUCUAGACUUUUUCCGACUUCGAUGUCUCACCAAGCUCCCUGGAUUCUUCGACGCAAGCUUCUGGGAAGAAAUUGUCCCACAACUAUCAUCUUCCGCGCCAGCCGUGUUUCACGCUGUGAUUGCGCUAGCAUCUACUCAACGCAGUCAAGAGUAUACCAGCUGUAUGCGAAAAGGACCCGAUAAUCCGUUCAUUGACUAUAACUUUGAGAUCGAGAAAUGGGACCGGUUCGCGCUGCAGCAGUACAAUAAGUCUAUCACUCGUUUGCAGUCUUAUUUUGAAGAUACUAGCCAUGAGUCUGUACAAAUCGCGUUGAUUACUUGUGUUGUAUUUAUCUGCAUUGAGUUGAUGAGGGGUUCCUACACUCGUGCUAAUGUGCAUAUCGACCAUGGAAUCAAUGUUCUCAAGACCUUGCAACGAAAAAGACAAACUUCUGAUAUUUCGCUGCGGACACCUCGGAAGGCAAUCUUUCGUGUCACGGAUCCGAAGACGGUGGAUGAUCAUUUGCUUGAGAUUCUGGCUCGAUUGAAUACACAAUGUGUUUUGUUUGGAUAUCCCUCGCGAUACAUACAUUUAACGGAAGCAAGAACAUAUUCUAUUGAGGCGAUCCCGGAUACUUUCGACACACUACAAGAAUGUCGCCAAUACUUGGAGGUAUUGCUCAACAAAACGCUUCAUUUGAUCAAAAAAUUUACGGGUGACACGCCGUCCUGUCCAAUGGCUGGAUUCGAAGACCUGCUCACAGAAACCCGAGAACAAUUAUUACAAACUUUGAAUAUAUGGAAUAGCGCAUACGAAAAGCUUGCGCAAAAGACCCGAAUAAAUAUCACUGUAUACGACUACAUAGCACUCAACCUCCUGCACAUCUGGUCCAUCAAAGUCGAGAUCAUGCUCCGCACAUGUCCCGCCCCAAACGAGCCCUGGAGUGAAAUGGCCUUCGACAACUACACCCACCUAUUUGAAGAAAUCCUUGUCGCAGCGUCAGAUAUGGUCAUGAUGCGUGGCUUUCCCGGAAACUUUGACCCAGGAGACGCGAAAUGUCAUAUUGGACCUCUAAAUUUCUGUGUUGAUAUGGGUCCUGUGCCUGUCCUGUAUUAUACAGCACUGAAAUGCCGUGUGCCGUCAAUAAGGAGACGGGCAAUUCAAGGGUUGAGACUUGCGCCUCAUCGUGAGGCGGUUUGGGAUGGUAUUGCCGUGGCGGCUGCGGCUGAGACGGUGAUUCGGUUGGAAGAAGGCGACUUCUUCGGAUCGUCUUCACAGUCGCCUAUUCAUGGUGAGGUUAUCCCUGAAUGGCGUCGGUUUAAAGACGUUCGGAUAAUAAUGGAAGAUGGCUUGCAACCUGGAGGGAAGAUAAUUUGUAGGAGGAAGCGUGAGAAUAGUUUCUUCUCAUCUCUCUUGGGAGACGAUGAUUGCUCGAGGUGGGAAAUUGUUGAGGAGUCGUUUCAAUGCGGGGAGCGUCUCAGCACUUAUACGUGGAGCAAUAUACAGGAUAUGUACAAAGCAGCCAAUAUGUUCCCUAUCUAG